GAAUUAUGAAUGCAUUUUCUAUUGGUCGAUGUUGGACACGUGCAAUGAAACUAAUAUCGUCAUUGGUUUAACAGUUAAUCUGACUUGAUUCCGAAGAAAGUAGAAAUGUCAACGUGACGUUAUAUUUGACAAUUGUAAAAAAUUAAAUAUUUCUAAUUUUAUUUUACCGAAAUGGCUCCGCUAGUAGAUAAAUCUACUGGACCUCUUAUUGUAAACGAGGAGGAUAAGAAAAAUUUGUGGUCACAAAUUUUACAUGAUGUUCAGAAAAAUGGUAAUCCAAAAUUAUCUCCUCAUAAGCAGAUCCUUGUCUUGGGCGACAAUGAGUCUGGAAAGACUACAAUGGUAGCUAAACUUCAAGGUAUCGAGAAUUCAAGCAAGGGAUCUGGUUUGGAAUAUGGUUACAUUGAUGUUCGUGAUGAUUACAGAGAUGACCACACCAGGCUGAGUGUUUGGGUGUUGGACGGUGAUCCAGCUCAUGUAGAUCUUCUAAAAUUUGCGUUGAAUGAAGAAACAUUCCAGAACACAUUGGUUAUCCUUACUGUGGCUAUGACAACUCCCUGGGGUAUACUAGAACAGCUGCAGCAUUGGGCGUCUGUCUUAGCUGACCACUUGGAUAAAUUAAAAUUAGAAGUGGAUUUAAGGCAAAGCAGAAAGCAGUUGAUGAUUAAAAUGUGGCUGGAUUAUGCAGAACCAGGUGAUGAACUUGAUCCAGCUUCACCCAUGAAGAGGAGUUCGAGAAACUUAGGAGACGACGAUGAAGUUUUCGAUGGAUCGGUUCUACCAGAAGGAACAUUGAAUAGUAAUUUGGGAUUAGACAUAGUUGUAGUUGUAACCAAAACAGAUUAUAUCCAAAAUCUGGAAAAAGAGAUGGAUUAUAGAGAUGAGCACUUAGAUUUCAUGCAACAGUGGAUAAGGCGUUUCUGCUUGCAAUAUGGUGCUGCUCUUUUCUACACCAGUGCUAAAGAAGAUAAAAAUUGUGAUUUGCUAUAUAAAUAUCUCACACAUCGCAUUUAUAGCUUUCCAUUUCACACACCUGCUUUAGUUGUUGAAAAAGAUGCAGUUUUCAUACCAGCUGGUUGGGAUAAUCUGAAGAAAAUCAGUAUUUUGCAUGAGAAUAUGCAUUCCUGUAAGCCAGAUGAUUAUUACAGGGAUGUAAUAGUUCAGCCAGUUACCAGAAAAACUAUUAACAGAGAAACUGAGGUGAUUGCUGAAGAUGAGCAGGCUUUCCUGACUAGGCAGCAGCAGAUUUCAUUUGGAGGUGGCCCACCCACAGCUAGAUUGGGAGAAUCUCCUGUUAGGCCACCACUUGGAGGUAUUCAAGGUUCUCCCAGAAAACUAGACGGUUCCAAGGUUGUAAGUUCGCCAGGGGGUGAAGGUGUCCUUGCAAACUUCUUCAAUUCCCUGCUGUACAAGAAAACUGGCAGCCAAAGUGGAGGAAUGCCUAAAUCUCCUGGAGGUGAAAACUUACCUGAUAAAGCAACAAUGCGAACAGAUGCAGCAGCCGAGUUGGACCGCUUGGCUAGAGGGGGAACAAAAAAGCCAAGUCCACCUGCUAGUGGAUCUGGCGAAGGUGGGACAGCUCCAGGUAGCAGCAAUACUAGUGGAGUAGAUUUUAAUGCUUCCGAUUGUUAAGAUUUUUUUUAAGUAAAUGUACUUUUUCAUAGCUUUUCUUAUUUAUAUUUCUGUGAUAACAUUACUUUUAUUUUGCUUUGUAACUUUUUUUUAAUUACAUAAAUAAAUAUACUUAAAUACUU